AUGUCAACGUUUGCUGAUAUCAUUCUUCCAAAUGUUGAUAUUGAAGUUCAUAAGCAUGAAAAUAAAUAUUCAGCCAAUGCACAUAUCGAUGUUGUUCAAGUAGAUGUAACAAAUUUUGAAGAUGUACGAGAUCUAAUCGAACGAUUUAAUCGAACACCGUAUCCUAUUCGAGGUAUUAUUCAUAGUGCUGCAGUUCUAGAAGAUCAUAGUUUAAUGAAAUUAACUGAAGAAAAUCUGACACGUGUCAUGUGUCCAAAGAUUCGUGGUGCUUGGAAUCUUCAUCGAGCAUCACAACUUGCUAAUGUUUCUCUUCAUUUCUUUGUACUCUUUUCAUCAAUUCGUAAUCAUUUACUCAACUUUGCUGCGGGUAGUUACAAUACUGGUAAUCAAUUUCUCGAUAUUCUUGCUUAUUAUCGUGUUAAACAACUGAAUCUACCAGCUCUCUCAAUUAGUUUACCAGCUGUCAGUGGUGCUGGUAUGUUUCAUCGACAUCGUGACAGUUUUUCAAGUGUACAAACUACAAUAGGCUUUGAAUUAGUACCAACCGUUGGUGUAUUUGAACUCAUCGAACGAUUUCAUGCUAAUCAAAAGAAUAAUCCUUGUCCUGUCAUAUUUGCUGUCAAUUGGAAAAAGUUAUAUGAAAAUUAUCAAACAUUAGUUACAUAUCAACUUCAAAAAAUUGUAUCAGAGAAACAUGAUAUUAAAGAUCAAUUAGCAACAUCAAAAGUAUCAUCAAAUCAUGUCGGCAUUGGCAAUUUAAUCUACGAUUGCUUAGAAACUAUUAUUGAACGAACACAAAUAACUGUGGCAUGA